GAUGGCUGCUGUCUAAAGAGCAGCACAAAAAGGAGCAGGACCGCGAGAAGAUCUUGUUCGUUCAGCUGCAGAGCCGCUUCAUGCACCUAUCCGAUGACGAGUGUGUGGAGCUUUCGUUGGCGGAGCCAGACAAGGUCUGGUACGCGACCGUUGACCCUGGUGAAUGGAUCUACAUCCCUGCAGCGUGCAUUGUUGCAGAGAAGACAGACGCACAGGACCACAACGUGGGCUUGAAGCUGACCUUUAUCGACGCAGCGGACACCAGCGGACUCAGAUCGAUGCGACAGGAAGCUAUCGAUUCCAAGCGCAGUCUGCCCAUCUUGGAUGCCGUCCUUGAGUUCGCGGACAAG